UUUUGUAAAUAGAAACUCAGCUGCUCAGCUGAUCGCCUGCCCUCCUCUGUUUAUAAGGUGCGCCCUGCAGCCUUCUAUUUAAGAUGCGUCAGUAUCCACAGUGCAAACACAGCAGGUGCAAUACUGGUCCGGUCUGAAGAUGAAAUUCUCCUCUGCGCUCGUGUCUCUGAGGCUGCUGCUGCAGCUCUGCAUCCGCACCGUGCACGACAUCUCAGCGAGCCUCUUUUCAACUGUUUGGUACUGGACACCCGCAGUCUGCAGGGGAGCAUCAGUUGUUUCAACUGCUGACAGAGAAGUGGACCAAAAGGAGGUUCAAAAUGUGAUGACUCCAACAAGUGUCAACUAUCACUUUACACGCAAGUGUAACUACAAAUGCGGAUUUUGUUUCCACACUGCAAAGACAUCCUUCGUGCUGCCUCUGGAGGAAGCCAAGAGGGGCCUCAAGCUCCUGAAGGAAUCAGGCAUGGAAAAGAUCAACUUCUCUGGAGGAGAGCCCUUCCUGCAUGAUAAAGGGGAAUUUCUGGGUAAAUUAGUCCAGUUCUGUAAACAGGACCUCCAGCUCCCAAGUGUCAGCAUCGUCAGCAAUGGAAGCAUGAUCAAAGAAAAAUGGUUCCAGAAAUAUGGUGACGAUCUGGACAUCCUGGCCAUCUCCUGUGACAGCUUUGAUGAAGCAACCAACCAGCUGAUUGGCAGAACUCAAGGCAGGAAGAGCCACAUUGAAAACCUUCACAAGAUCCGCAUCUGGUGCCAGCAGUACAAAGUGGCCUUCAAAAUCAACUCGGUCAUCAACACCUUCAACGUGGACGAAGACAUGACAGAGAACAUCCUCCAGCUGAACCCAGUCCGCUGGAAGGUGUUCCAGUGUCUGCUGAUUGAUGGGGAAAAUGCAGGAGAGGCAGCCCUGAGGGAGGCAGAGAGGUUCGUCAUCAGCGAGCAGAUGUUUCAGGAGUUUCUGGAGAGACACAGCAGCGUGUCCUGCCUCGUUCCUGAGUCCAAUGAGAAGAUGAGGAACUCCUACCUGAUCCUGGAUGAAUAUAUGCGUUUCCUGGACUGCCGAGAGGGACGGAAGGACCCGUCCAAGUCCAUCCUUGAUGUCGGCGUGAAGGAGGCCAUUUGCUUUAGUGGCUUUGAUGAAAAGAUGUUUCUCAAGAGAGGAGGGAAAUACGUGUGGAGCAAAGCCGACAUGAGGCUGGAGUGGUGAAAAUGUGCAGCUUGAUUUUGAUUUCACUUUGCUGGAGACUGUACAGAUAACUUCUAUAGUAUGAGUGUUACUUUUAUAACUCACUGCACUGCUUAUUGUUGUUGGAAAAAAAGAAGUGUUAAGCCACGUGGUAUUCAAAGUUAAUAUUUUUGCACUAGAUAAAUAGAUUGAUAGAUUGUUGUUUCCUUGCACUGUAGAGACAUAUAUGAGGAAAUAUUUAUAAUAAAUAUAUUUUGUCAUGUAUAA